UGACAGGUUUCUGUUAGUAUAAAUACAAAGCUUUUCCCCCUCUUUUCUUUUCCUAAUUAUUUUAUUUAUUAUUAUGCUAUUCAAGAAAAAGGCUCCUACUCCUACUAGUGAUGUUGUCAGUGACGUAUCAUUCAAUGAUGAAGAAAGAGCUACUACUCCCAAGCAAAGCUAUUUGAUUCCCGGUGUACUUGUCACUACUCUCUUCUUCUUAUGGGGUUUCUCAUAUGGUCUUUUGGAUACUUUAAAUAAGCACUUUAAAAACGUGCUGGGUAUUUCUACAACUGAAAGUACUUAUAUGCAAGUUGCUUACUUUGGUGCAUACUUUAUUAUGAGUAUUCCUGCAAGUAUGAUCUCUAAACGAUUUGGUUACAAAAGAACAAUGGUUUUUGGUCUCUGUCUUUAUGUCAUUGGCGCCAUCUGUUUCUACCCUUCUGCUGUCAACUUGAGUUAUGGUGGUUUUGUUGCCUCUCUCUUUGUCAUUGCUUCUGGUCUUGCUACUUUGGAAAGUACUGCCAACACUUACAUUGCUAUCAUUGGUUCAAGAAACAAAGCUUCUCUUCGUAUUAACAUUGCUCAGAGUUUCAACGGUCUUGCUUCUUGUAUUGCUCCCAUUGUUGCCUCCUUUGCUUUCUUUGGUGGCACUGAAGAUGAUUCCUCCAAGAGCUUGGAUUCUGUCAAGUGGACCUAUGUCGGUGUUGCCUGUGGUGUUGCUGUUAUUGCUCUUUUGUUUUGCUUUGCCAACAUUCCUGAAGUUGACGAAGAAGCUUUGAUGGCUGAAGAAGCUCGUGAAACUGGUGAAGUCAUCCGCCGUGCUUCUCUUUUCUCCCCUCACCUUAUUUUGGGUGCUCUUACUGAAUUCUUGUACACAGGUGCUCAAGUUGCUGUUGCUUCCAUGUUCCUGUUCUACAGUUCCGAAGUAGGCCAAUUCCCUGAUUCCCGAGGUUCAAUUUUGCUUUCUAUUGCUCAAGCCUGUUUCACUAUUGGUCGUUUCGUUGGUGCCUUAUUGAUGAAGAAGAUUCGUCCUGACCAUUUGAUGGCUAUCUUUGCUGGUGGCUGUAUUAUUGCCAACAUCUUUGUCAUUGCCAUGAAGACUCCUGCUACUACCUAUGCCUUGUUUGUCAUCCUCUUCUUUGAAAGUGUCUUGUUCCCUACUAUCUUUGCCUUGGGUACUAAGGAUUUAGGUAGAAACCACAAGCGCGGUUCUGCCAUGAUUAUCAUGGGUGUCUCUGGUGGUGCUGUCAUUCCUCCCUUGAUGGGUGUUGUUCACGACCAUGCCAACGUCAAUCUCUCUUUCAUUAUUCCUCUUAUUUGUUACUGCGUUGUCUUACUCUAUGCCUUGGUAGGUUGCAAGUUGAUCAAAUACGUCGAUGAAGACCUUCCUGGCCUUCAACAAACUGAAGUCUAUGUUGACGAUAGCAAGAAAGACUCUAGCAAUAAGCAAUAGAUCUGCUUAUUUUCUUAAUCCCCCCCUCUGUAUUUUUAUUGUAAUAUUAUCUGUAUCACUGAAUAAAUUUGUUAAUUUUUUUUGUUUUGGUUGAAAC